AUGGACUCCUUCCAAAACAAAGUCUACGCAAUAACAGGCCUAGCCGGCAUUGGCCUCGCAGUCGCAAAACAGCUCCACGCCCGCGGCGCAAACCUCUCUCUCGCAGACAUAUCUCCUUCAACACUCACAGCAGCCAUCACUGCCAUCUCCCCUACAACACUCAACCCCUCGACCAUCCUAACCACAGUCCUCGAUAUAAGUUCCUCAACCGCCGUCAACGACUGGAUCACAUCGACAGUGAAACACUUCGGCCGGCUCGAUGGCGCAGCCAAUAUGGCCGGGACGAUCGGUGCUCAACACGGUGUUGGCAAAUUCGUAGAUCUGGAAGAUGAAGAGUGGGAUAUGCUGGUGCGGGUGAAUUUGUCCGGGAUGAUGUACUGUCUUCGGGCAGAGGUGCGGGCGAUUAUGGAGAGUGCGCCGGAUGGGAAGGGGAGUAUUGUCAAUGCGAGUAGCAUACAGGGGAUUCGGGGGUUUGCGUUUCAUACGGCGUAUUCGACGACGAAGCAUGGGGUCGUGGGGUUGACGAGGUCUGUUGCGAAAGAGGUUGGGCCUGGGAUAAGGGUUAAUGCUGUUGCACCGGGAUCGAUUCAAACGCCGCUUUUGGAGAAGGCGACUUCAAUUCAAGGGGGAGUUCCCACGAUGCCUACGGCGAUUCCUCGGAUUGGGACGCCCGAGGAGGUGGCACAGACUGUCGUGUUUUUGCUGAGUGAUGCCGCAUCGUAUACUACCGGGCAGGUGUAUAGUGUGGAUGGAGGGUGGGACCCAUAA